UUUGUUGUUGUUAUGGCCGAUGCUACGAGUAUGAAACCGGUUCGCGUAGCAACACUCUUUUCACAGUCAAUUAAAUGCCUGGUCAGCUGCGUGGAUAUAUAUUUAGAUGCAGUUGAAAGAUUGCCAGCAAACAUUAAAGACAGACUACUACACCUAGUGUGCAAACGUGGGCGCAUCAGUGAUGGCAAUAUUGGCAAGUUGCUGCAUGCCCGCGUUCUGUCCCUCGAUCUUAGUGAAGGGGAUGUAAGUGACCACGGGUUGAAACAUGUAGCCAAGUGUACCCUGCUACGCAAGCUCGACCUCAACUCCCUGAAACGGCCAAGGACAACCAUCACGACGCAGGGGAUCCUGCAAGUCGUAAGCGCAUGUCCACACCUGCACACCAUCUGUCUCCGUCGCUGCAUCAACAUCACCGACGCCGCUCUGGUGGCGCUAUCUCGGCACUGCCGUCGCCUCACAGCUCUUGAUGUCGGAGGCUGUGCAGGAGUAACAGACGCGUCACUGAUAGCUCUGGGACAGAACUGCCCUCUGCUGAGAAACAUCAACUUCUCAUACAGCGAUGUAACAGAUGCAGGUGUGCUGAGUCUGGUCAGUGGGACGUGUGCUGGUUCCCUCAAUGAGUUACACAUGAGUCACUGUGAGAGACUGACAGACGAAGCUGUGGAGGCUGUGAUGUCGUACUGCACCAACAUCAGCAUUGUUGUGUUUGACGGAUGUCACCGUAUCACACAGCAAUCGGCGGAGGCACUAGACCAGCUGGCAGCGCAGCACCACCGCCUGACGCAGCUCACAUGGACCGUUUACUAGCUCACUGGUGCCACCUACCCACACAGCAAGACUGCAUCAUCACACGUCGUCUGGUGGGGGCAAGGUACGUGACACUGCCUCUGCGCUUCCAUGCUGCACUCCCCACAAAGUUUACUACUAUGUACACUGCCAUACAUGCCUAAGCGUGUAUCAAGUACACUAUGUAAGUAAAUAUUGUAGCAUUAUCAAGUACACGUUAGACGUGAUGUGUGUCUGUGCGUUGGGAUGGGAUGCCUCGUGGCUAUUGUCGGGUGCGAUUACACUCGUUGUAAAUAUCUCAGAUUGCCGGUGUUAGAGUGUGCAUCUGCUAAUGUCCCCACCCCCCAAUAUUUCGGUGAGUAAUAAUUUCGCAUCAAUUCGGAAUCUUGUCGAUUGCGAAGAUGAAAUGUUGUUACUUGCAUCCUUCAUGGACGCUGAAGUAAACGUUGGAAUUUCGUAACUGCCAUAGGCAGCUGUCUUUGUCACCACCACUCAAGUUGGCGGUGUUAGAGGUAAAGAGGUAAAGGCAUGUCACCCAGCAAUCAGAAUCUUGUCAUUACAGCAUGGUUCCAACACUGGUACAUCUGAUUGCUAUAAACAUGAUUGCGAUGACAUUACACAACAGGUCGCCUGCGUAGUCCUGGUUCCACACAAUGUAUGGCCCUUACAAUGAUGGUUUAAUUGUUCGCUAUGAAGAAACUGGUUCACUACUAGUGUCAUAUUCGAAUGAAUGUUUUUUUUUACAUACAACUAGGAUGCAAAACCUUUAUCCCCGAUUUAAUUUUGUGCUCAUGUUCCACAAUGCCACUGUAGUUGGCACCACAGGUUGUAUGCUUGAGAAGGGACAUAACUGCAGUAUUUUUGUGCGACUAUAUUUAUAUGUGAUGUGUUAUUGUAAUUUUUUCAUACUAAUACAAAUUGUUAAUACAAUA